AUGUACCAAAAAACUGGUCUGGGCAUCAGAAUGUACCAAGAAAAUGGUCUGGGCAUCGGAAUGUACAAAGAAUCUGGUCUGGGCAUCAGAAUGUACCAAGAAGCUUGUCUGGGCAUCAGAAUGUACCAAGAAAAUGGUCUGGGCAUCGGAAUGUACAAAGAAUCUGGUCUGGGCAUCAGAAUGUACCAAGAAGCUUGUCUGGGCAUCAGAAUGUACCAAGAAGCUGGUCUGGGCAUCAGGAUGUACCAAGAAACUGGUCUGAGCAUCAGAAUGUACAAAGAAACUGGCCUGAGCAUCAGAAUGUACAAAGAAACUGGUCUGGGCGUCAGAAUGUACCAAGAAACUGGUCUGGGCAUCAGAAUGUACAAAGAAUCUGGUAUGGGCAUCAGAAUGUACCAAGAAACUGGUCUGGGCAUCAGAAUGUACAAAGAAUCUGGUCUGGGCAUCAGAAUGUACAAAGAAUCUGGUAUGGGCAUCAGAAUGUACAAAGAAACUGGUCUGGGCAUCAGAAUGUACCAAGAAACUGGUCUGGGCAUCAGAAUGUACCAAGAAACUGGUCUGGGCAUCAGAAUGUACAAAGAAUCUGGUAUGGGCAUCAGAAUGUACCAAGAAACUGGUCUGGGCAUCAGAAUGUACAAAGAAUCUGGUCUGGGCUUCAGAAUGUACCAAGAAGCUGAAUGUACCAAGAAACUGGCCUGGGCAUCAGAAUGUACCAAGAAACUGGCCUGGGCAUCAGAAUGUACAAAGAAACUUGUCUGGGCAUCAGAAUGUACAAAGAAACUGGUCUGGGCAUCAGAAUGUACAAAGAAACUGGUCUGGGCAUCAGAAUGUACAAAGAAACUGGCCUGA